AUGUCGAGAGCCAGCUUCCCGGCCUACUCGUCGACGGGCUCCCAGCCUCACCUUCACUACGACGACAUCGACGACACAAGCUACGAGCAAUCUGAUUACGAUCGCCACGACUACACAAGCUCGCCCUACAGCACUUCGACCAGCUCAGAGAGCGACAUCAGUCCCAACGACUCGGCUUCCAUACCGGCUGCCAGACCUUCCAGUCACGCUCGAUACCAAUCGCAUCNNCGCACCCGCAACCGCCAUAUCCUCCGUCGCACAGCCACACCCGUGAAGAAAGACCUCUACGCAAGUCACGACACCGUCGCCCGCCAGCUGAGCACUACUCCCGCCCCGAACCAAGCCGACACGCCGCAUACCCAGAACACGCUUCGACUCCGAGCGNACCCCUCGGAGCUGUCGGCCAGCGUGGCAUAUCCUCACGACCGCCCGGCCUACUCGGCCCGUGCUAGUUAUCAUGAAGCACAAGGGCAGUACGAAGACCUGUAUCCCGAUCAUCAUUGGCCCCGACAGCCCACGCAUUACCCAACACCACCUACAAUCACGUCAAGCACCUCCUCAGCCUCGCACUACGCAAGCCCUGCCGCCCUUGCUCACUACGAUCAUUACGCCUAUGCUGGCCAACCCAAUCCAUACGCAAGUCAAGCUAGUCCUGGAAACCCAUUCAUGGCCACGCCACCUCCUCAGGCCCCUUCUCCACAGCCAGGCUACACCUAUGACCCCUAUACCGGCGCUUAUCACGCGCAGAGACCUGACAUGUUAACGAGAAGUUCCAUGGCCUAUAUGCCUGCCGACAUGCAGUAUGGUGGUUACCCACAAAGACCGUACUCUGUCCCUCAGAACAUGAUGCAAGCCAUGAUGCCUCCUGGAUAUCCUCACUUCUACCAACCUCAUGCGUCACCUCCUGUUCCAGACGAGAAGCCCGCAAAGUCUGAGAAGAAAGAAGAACCUCCACCAGCGCCUCCUGCUCCGCCUCCACCAACCGCCGAGGAGAUUAGGAAGAAGAUGGAAGAGGAAGCCGCGCUUCAAGCCGAGAAUCUCGUCAAGGCUCUCAAGGCCCUUAAGGCAGAGGAGGAGGCUUCAGCGGCUGCCGCCGCCGAGAAGGAUGCAAAGGUGCAGGCCGAAUCUGACAAGAUCGCUUUGCUGCUAGCAGAUUUUGAGAAACAGCGUCUUGCAAGAGAAGAGGCUGCUGCUGCCAAAGCUGCCGCAGAGAAAGCCGAAGCUGAGGCCAAAGCAGCUCGCGUGAAAGAGCUUGCUGAUGCUGCUACAGCUGCUCGCGAGAAUGCCGUAAAGGAAGCAGCCGCCGCAGCUGCUGUUGCCAAGGCUGAGAAUGAGAAGGUGAUUGCAGAAGCCAAAGCAGAGCAUGAGAAGAAGAUGGCAGAGGCGAAAGCUGCCGCCGACGCAGCCGAAGCANGCAAAAAGGCCGCAGAGGAAGAGUUGAAGAAGAACGCUCCCGGAUCGGAUGCCGACAAAGCGCCUCUAAAAUUCACCGACGCUGUCGAAAGGAGCUUUACCUUGCCGUGGCAUCUGGUCAAGACCUGGAAGGGCAUGGAGACUCUGAUCAGACAAGCUUUCGUCAACAUCGAGCGUGUUGGGCCCCAUGUCGCUAACGGCCAUUAUCACUUGUUAGGUCCUAAUGGCGAGAUCAUCCUACCACAAGUCUGGGACAUUGUCGUACAACCUGGGUGGGACAUCAAGAUGCAGCUCUGGCCGCUGCCACCGGAUCCUCUGGAGGAUAAAGUCAAUAGCCGCAUCGGCGGAUUCCCACCUGAUAUCCAACCAAUCCCGGAGCGACAUUCAAGGCCUGGAAAACCACCACGCAAUCAGGUCAGUGGCAAUAAGAACGCGGGCAAGCGUGCGUCCGUAGGACCUGCGCCGCUACCGCCACCACCUCCCCUUGCACCAGUUCUACACGCUUUCCCUCCUUCACCUCCCAUACACACUGUCUACGCCGGUCACGAUGAUCCCGAUGAUCCCAUCAUCGAGGUCAUUGAAGACUCUGGCAGGGGACGAGGUGGGGGUGGCAACAAGCCGAAGAACAGUGCUAACGCAGGCAAGAAGAAACAGGUACCGGCGUUCACCAGAUGGAUGCUCGGAGGCGGUACACGGCCGCGCCCAAAAGGGGCUGAAAAACCUGCUGCCGGUGUCAAAGUCCGUCAUGUUGUUGUCUAA